AUGCAGUUCACUAUAGAGGAAAUUAAUAACAGCACCAUCAUCCUUCCUGGAGAAAGUGUUGGGUAUGAAAUGUACGACACCUGUCUGAGUUCUAUUGCUGUUAUCCAUUCUGUCCUCAUGUUUCUGGCUCAAAAUGGUACAAAUCAAGUAGAAAUGCAAUGCAAUCUUACAGAGUAUAAAACCAGAGUCAUGGCUGUGAUUGGACCUUCAAGUACUGAGGUUGCAACGUCCUCGAUGAAGAUUCUAAGCACUGUGCUAAUUCCCCAGGUAGGUUUCUGGCUAACAUACCUUCAUGAAACCAUAACUAGGUGUUCACAGAUAUAGAGGCCGCUUUUAUAUUCUCCACCAGAGAAAAAGAUUCAUGUUACAGGUCAAACUUUUGGUACUCUAGCUGGUCUAGACAUCGUAUCCCAAAAUGCUUCAACAGCUAGUGGGUUAUGUGCACAACAGUAAAUAAAGUUUAACAAACCAGUAUGGAACUGGAAGGUUCCGUGUUAUGUUGCAAAUUCUUGGAUUAUGCAAGACUAUCAGUUAAUUAAUUUGUCUGUCUUGUACACGUUUGAGUUGUUUUAUUUUGUUUACAUCAAUAUUAGUGACCACAUACCCACCAACAGAUAAGAUUGAAUAAACCUCCCCUGUUGGAUUCUCAGUAUGAACGAGAGACACAACUUACAGUGUAAUAUAUAUGUAUCCCAUGCUCCUAUAGCUUAGCCUUUUCUCCUGCCAACCAAAUUUACGUUAUUUCCAUUGCUCAGCUAUCAUCCCCAUCCUAAAAAUUCUCUUUUUUAAUCCUAACUAUCUGGGCAAUCGCCUUGACAUGAAGCUCCUCUUUACAAAGUCUUUUAGAACUUUUGUAAUUCAGGGUUCGUUGCAAUGGUUAUUACAGGUUUGUAAGAGUUACCCUGUUUUCUUCCCAAAUAUUCACCUUACUAGUGAGAUUCUGUUGCUUGAUUAUUGUCCCCAAUUAAUUUAUUCCAUGAUUUAAAACUGACCACUUCUGAAAGAGGAAUGACAUGGUUUGAGAUGAUUUUUGGACAUGUGGACCAGUGAUAAUUAAUGUUUUUGCAAUAAAAGCGAAGAGAAGGCACUCAAUGGAUUUUUGAAAAUGUGCACUAAUUAAAUAAUGCAAUAUCUCCAGAAACAUUUGUUUAGCCUAAAAAUACUCAGUGACCCAAGUGUGGUAGGCAUCUAAAAGAAAAUCAUUGUUAUGCAAAUAUCAAAUAUCUACUUUAAUUUGAACAAUGGCUUUACUCAUUUUAAACAGUUAUUUAACAAUCUGUGUUGAUGGGAUAAUUAGGCAUCUUGAGACAUGGAGGUUGGAAAACAUUGCCUAUAUUUUUUAAUUUAACUAUAUUAAUAAAAUCAAAGAAUGCAUGUUUUUAAAUGUAUUUAUUUGGAUUUCUUCUUGAUACAUUUUUUUCAGGUUAGCUAUGCUGUAACUUCGGAUGUAUUUAGCGACAAAAAUAUCUAUCCAUCCUUUUAUCGAACAGUGCCAAGCGACAGUAAGCAAGUGGAUGGCAUGAUAGCAUUGAUCUCCUAUUUUAGAUGGAACUGGAUUGCAGUUGUCGGCAGUGACGAUGACUAUGGUAAGAGUGCUUUACAGCAAUUUUCUUCCUCGGCCAUGUCCAGUGGGAUCUGCAUCUCCUACAAAGGUCUCAUCCCCGUGUACCUCUCAACCUCCGACACAACUACUGCGAUUGAAAAUAUCCUGGAUGAAAUUGAGAAGGCUGAUGUCAAUGUAGUCUUGGUCUUUGCAAGUUUAACCCAAUCUAUAGCAUUUUUCAAAGAGGUCAUCAUGAGAAACAUGACUCAAGUUUGGAUAGCAAGUGCAUCUUGGGUCCUUUCACAGAGUAUUCUAUCUAUGCCUGGCAUUGAGCGUAUUGGAACAGUAAUUGGCUUCUUUCCAAGUGUGCAAACUAUUCCAGGAUUUGACAUAUUUGUUAAGAACACAAUCUCAAAAAUAUAUGCAAACCAAUUAUCUUCUCAAUCCACAUCUACAAGCACCGUGGGAAGUAAUUCCGACUACCAAGGCCUUGAUUUUAAAGUUGAUCAGAUCCCUAUCAUUCUAAAUCCACUGACAGAAUUGAAUGCUCAGAGUGUAUACACAGCAGUAUAUGCUGUUGCAUAUGCCCUUCACAAUCUUCUGAACUGUAAUUCUGUAAAAUGCAACAAGAAAAAUGCUACCAUCUACCCAUGGAGUGUAAGUUAUAUCCUUUUCUUUACUGUGAUAUAAUUAUUUAACCAAAAACAGCAUAAUCAGCUUUGUGUUAUAUAAAGUAUCUAUUCUAUAUAUGCCAAACAGUGCAAUAUCAUGGUGCUUUAGUUGGAGUUAACCCAUUUAAGCCAAAUUGCCUUAAAGGGACACUGUAGGUACCCAGACCACUUCAGCUCAUUGAAGUAGUCUGGGUACUGUCCCUAUUGCACUUAGUGCUGCAAUGUAAAACAUUGCAGGUCCAGGUGCCGGGCAUGCGCAUUAGGUCUCCCCCACCGACGUCAGCCAAGAAGCGUGGCCAGAGCCUGACCCAGCACUGAGGGACAUCGGCUUCAGAUUCAGGUAAGUGGCUGAAUCCUAAUUGUCCUUGACCUUUCUGCUGCUUUUGAUACUGUUGUUCUUCAACAGCUUCUUCUCAUCCGCCGUAACCUAGGUCUACGAUAAUUAUAAUAAUACACUCUUCAGCCCUGCUGGAGAGGGUUGCGAGGGAGGGGGGCACUGUAGGGACCUAUAGUGUCAGGAAAAUGGGUUUGUUUUCCUGGCACUAUAGGAUGCCUUUAACUUUUUUAAUAAUAAAAACAAAACACAAAUCUGACUAACAUUGAAUAUCACCAAGUAUACACAUAUCUACCCUCCUGCAGCCAAUUCACUUUAAAUGUUAAAGGGAUUCUAUAGUGUUAGGAAUACAAAUCUGUAUUUCUGACUCUAUAGUGCUUUCUGGUUUCCUCUACCUUUCGCCACCCCUGGCUCAUAAAGGGUUAAAAAAUUAUUUAGUCAUUUUCCCGAUUUCGGCGCCUAUCACCCUUGCUACUGGGUCAGUGCUCUGCUUUCUCAAACAUCAUCCAACGGGCAGGGCUAUUUGCUUUAUUGCUUAUUUUGUUUUUCUAUGGAGAUUUUACUGAUGCUGGAUGUCACCGUGCAGAGCAUGAAGACAUCCAGCAUCAGGUGACCUAAAGUCCGUUAGCCACCAGGAAGCGCCUCUAGUGGCUGUCUGAUGAAGUGAUGAAGUGGCUUGACAAUCGCUCUCACUUAGCGACAAUGAGACAUUAGAAAUGAGAGCUGGGAAAUAUUAUAAAGAGUUGGGGAAUAGAAUGCAGAGCUUGAUAACGGAACACAUAACUGGGGAAUAGAAUACAGAGCUGGGGGUAGAAUACUGCACUAAGAGUAUACCCGACAUUUAAUUUUUGCAAAUCUUUCAUUAUUAAAGGACCACUAUAGUCACCCAGACCACUUAAGCUCAAUGAAGUGGUCUGGGUGCCAGGUCCCCCAGGUUUUAACCCUUCAGAUGUAAACAUAGCAGUUUCAGAGAAACUUCUAUGUUUACAUUGCAGGGUUAAUCCAGCCUCCGGUGGCUGUCUCCCUGACAGCCACUAGAGGCGCUUCCGCGACGCUCAAUGGGAAAAUCCUAUUGAGCACGCAGAAUGUCCAUAGAAAAGUAUUGAGUAAUGCUUUCCUAAGGGUGGUUUGAAUGUGCGCAUGGCUGUUGCCGUGCAUGCGCAUUCUGCUCCACUCAAGAGCUGACGUCGGAGGGGGAGGAGAGGUCACCAGCGCCGAGGGAGCCCGACGCUGGAUUAAGGUAAGUGGCUGCCAGGUUUUUAACCCAUUCAGCCCAGCAGGCGGGGGUCCCCGAGGGUGGGGAGGGUCCUAAGGACUAUAGUGGUCCUUUAAGUGUUAAGAAGUUACUAAAUAGCUAAGCUGGCAUAGGACAUGACACCAGUGGCGUAGCGUGGGUUGUCAGCACCCGGGGCAAGGCAAGUAAUUUGCGCCCCCUAACCCGUGGAUUUUAGCACUCGAGUCUCUUCCACUAGAUUAGUUAAAGAAACCCUUACCCCCCAAGCACAUGUAUUGUUUGUUAUGAAAAUACUUAUGUAAUUAAAGUAAAAUGCAUCUAAAUACAAGUUUAUUUUCCAACACUUUAUUGAGUGCGAACAUGCAUUACACACAUUCUCCACAUUUUCAGCAGGUCUAUGAAUACAAAUAUACAAAUGUAGUAACCUAGCAUGGGCCAUGCUAUUAUAUGUCGUCUCACAACCAUCGUAAACGACAAAAAAUAUCAAGAACAAAAACUAAACAUCAAAAUGGAACCAUACCCUGGAGAUGAUCCAAGACUGGGCUAGAUGGAGCCAACUUCCUCAAUCCUGUACCUCUAAUUGUAAUUCUUUAAUAUAAGUGCAAGAUAUCAAUCUGUAUAUAAUAUAGAGAUUAAUUUAAAUUUGCCUGCUUUUAAUUAGCGCAAAUUUUUCAACAACGGAAUAGUGUUUCUUUAAUGUGAGGUAAAUUAGAGAUUAGUGCCACAAAUAAUAUACUAGAUUGCCUACUUACAACGAGAUGAGGAUGAUGAUGGGCUCUAGCUGCAGUCUGGCUCCACUGGUCUGGUGUAGAACAGGCUCUCUGGAGGCUGUUUGUAACUGUGGUCACAAAAAUCAAUAUACUAGGAGAACGGGAAGCAGCUCCAUUUUUGGGGGGCCCUUUACACAGCUCAAGGUCUGGGUCCCAGGGUCCACCUUCAUGUUCCACCAAUGAGUUUGUUCACAGGGGUGGAGUGUGUAGGGGAUGUCCUGAUUUGUGUGUAAGGAAUGCAUUGUGUGAAUCUGUGUUUGUAUGUGUAGGGCUGCAAGGUGUGUUUCUGUGUAUGUAAGGGAUGAAGUGUGUGAGUCUGUAAGGGGUGCUUUGAGUGUGUUUAAGGGGUGCAUUGAGUGUGUGUAAGGAAUGCAUUGUGUGUUUCUGUGUGUGUAAGGGAUGCAUUGUGUGUAAGGGUUACAUUGUUUGUGUGUGUGUGUGUGUGUGUUUUUCUGUGUGCAAGGGGUGCAUUGCAUGUGUGUGUGAUGGAUGUCAAUCUCUCCCCCCUCCCUUGUUACUCUCUUCUCCCCCCUCUCCCUCCCUUGUCACUCUCUUCUCCCCUCCCCCUUCCCACUCUCAUUGCCCCUUCCUCCCCUGUAACUCUCACCCCCGUCAAUUUCUUCUCCCCCCCACCAAUUUCUUCUUCUCCCCCCUCCCCUACCAAUUUCUUCUUCUCCCCCUCCCCUACCAAUUUCUUCUUCUCCCCCCCUCCCCUCCCCAUUUCUUCUUCUCCCCCCUCCCCUACCAAUUUCUUCUUCUCCCCCCUCCCCUGCCAAUUUCUUCUUCUCCCACCCUCCCCAUUUCUUCUCCCCCCUCCCCUACCAAUUUCUUUUUAUCCCACCCUCCCCAUUUUAUUAUACCCCUCCUUACCAAUUUCUUCUACCCCUCCUCCCCAUUUCUUCUCCCCCCUCCUACCAAUUUUAUUUCUCCCCUCCCAAUUUUGCUUCUCCCCCCUCCUGCAAUUUCUUCUCACCCCCCUCCCCUCCAAUAUUUUUUCUCCCCCCUCCAUCCCAGGUUUUCCUCCCCCCCUCCCCUCCCAAUUUCUUCUCCCCAUCCCCCUCUGAAUUUCUUCUCCCCCUCAUCCCAAUUACUUCUCCCCCCCUCCCAUCCCAAUUUCUAGCUAUUACCCCCUCCCUGACAAUCUCUUCUCCCCCCCCCCUCCAUCCCAAUUUCUUCUCCCCCCUCCCUCUGUUCUUUUUAUCCCACCCUCCCCACAUUUAUUCUCCCCCCCCUCCUUACCAAUUUCUUCUACCUCCCUCCCCAUUUCUUCUCCCCCUCCCUGCAAUUUGCUUCUCCCCCUCCCAAUUUUGUUUACUCCCCUCCCCUCACAAUUUCUUCUCACCCCCCUCCCCUCAAUAUUUUCUCUCCCCCCUCCCAUCCCAAUUUUCUCCCCCCUCCCUCCCCAAUUUUGCUUCUCCCCAUCCCUCACAGUUUCUUCUCCUCCAUCCCAAUUACUUCUCCCUCCAUCCCAGAUUUCUUCUUACCCUCCCCUGACAAUCUCUUCUCCCCCCCUCCCAUCCCAAUUUCUUCUCCCCCCCUCCAUCCCAGUUUCUUCUUACCCCCUCCUGACAGAUUUCUUCUCCCCCCCUCCACAUCCCAAUUUCUUCUUACCCCCUCCACUGACAAUUUCUUCUCCCACCCUCCCCAUUUCUUCUCCCCCCUUCCCUCCCAAUUUCUUUCUCCUCCCCCCCACCUUUGUUGUAGCGUGGCCGAGCCCUGCAGCAUGAUGGUCCGCGGGUACAGGUUGCUUUUGUUUCCUGUUAGUCCGGCCGGGUACAGGAGACAGCUGCUCUCUGUACCCGUCGGACCAUCAUGCUGCAGGGCUCGGCCACGCUACUACAGAGGGAGUGACAGGAGGGAGCGCUGAGCGUUUCCCUCCUGUCAGCCCCUCUCCCCAUGCUGCGCCCGGGCGGUGCGGUCCGCCCUCAUGGACGCACCGCCCGGGCAAAGCUGCAGCCGCCUGAGGCUCUCUACAGAGCGCUCGGGCGGCUGCAGCAUGGGGGAGCCGGCCCUGAGCGCGCCCCCACAGAUGUUGCACCCGGUGCGGCCGGCCCCCCCUGCACCCCCACGCUACGCCUCUGCAUGACACACCAUUAUACAUUUAGCAUAGUAAUCUCAAUAAAAACAAAAACAAUACCCCAUUUUUUUAAAGUGAGGAGAGUAGUCAUAUGGCGUAAUGUUGUUAAAUGGACACUGUAGGACAUUGAAAUGGUCUGGGUGCAAACUCCCAUCACUCUUAACCCUGAGCAUGUAACUAUUGCAGGUUUUAUAAACAGCUAUAAUUACCUGCUAGGGUUUAUACCUUGUUUAGUGCCUGUGUACCAGACAGCCACUAGAGGGACUUCUGGGUGCUUAUACGACUUUUGGUUGCCUAAAUGACGCUGGACGUCCCCACGCUAUGCAUUAAGACGUCCAGCGUUGCCAGAAUCCCCAUAGGAAAGUAUUAAAUAGUGUUUUCCUAUGGGGAGAUCCUAAUGCGAGCUGAGCCAGCACCAAGAGACAUUGGCACUGGACCCAGGUAAUUGACAGAAGGCGAGGGGGGAGGUUGACAAAGGGGGACGCUAUAGUGUCAUGAAAAUGAAUUUGUUUUCCUGGCACUAUAGUUUCCCUUUAAGGUAGCAUUAUAGUACAUAUGCUAUAACCACAUAUACAGCAACUGGCUGAAUUUACAAAUACAUUUCUAAUCAGCAAAAUUAAAACAAUUACCUUUCUCUUUAUGACAGUUACUGAAAGAAGUGAGAAAAGUUAAUUUUAGCGUCUUUAACACUACAUUCGGCUUUGAUGUAAAUGGUAAUCCUAAAACUGGAUAUGACAUUGUCAUCUACAAUCUCAGUGAUACUGAUACUGAGUUUAUUAAGAUUGGAUCAUACAACAAUGUCAUGGAUUUAAAUAGUUCACUUAUUUACUGGGGGACACCCAACAAUAAGGUGAGUAGAAGAUAAGAGUGUGAAUGUGUAUCUAUAAAAGAUCGUUUUAUUACUUUCUUUCUCCUUUAAUGCUCUAUGCUAGUGCUCCUCAACCCUCUCCUCAAGGCCCACCAGGUUGACUACCCCUGCCUUAGACACACCUGGGUAAUCCCUAAAUCCUGGACUGAUAGGAGUGCUCUGAGGAGAGGGUUGAGGAGCACUGCUCUAUACGAAGGGUAGGCAACCUUCAGCACUCCAGAUGUUGUGGACUACAUCUGCCAUAAUGCUCUUACAGCCAUAGUGCUGGCAAAGCAUCAUGGGAGAUGUAGUCAACAACAUCUGGAGUGCCAAACAUUGCCUACCCCUGCGUAAGUCAGAUAUUCUCCCCUGUUACGAUUUAUCAACAUGGUUAAAUAAACAUGUAUAUCCAUAUGUAGGCAUAUUCUUUUCAAAGACCAGUACUAGCAUUUAUUUAGUUUAUUUACUAGGUUCCUGAGUCCCAGUGUUCUGGUGAUUGCUUACCAGGGCAGAUUAAACGAGUGAAGGGAACUCAUUCUUGCUGCUAUGACUGCAUUGACUGCCAAGAAGGAUUUUUUCAGUCUGCUGAUGGUAAGCUGUUGCAAGAUGUUUUUUAAAUGUUUCAAAAUCAAACUUAAUUUUUUUGUCCAAAUCUAAAUUAAUUUUUUUCCAAAAUGUAAACCUUAUUAUGGGCAAAUGCAAAUAUUGUAUUUCUCAAACAGUGUACUUUGUCUUUAAGAGAUAGUGCAAACUGACAUGGUGUUAAAAUAUUUUACCUACUUUCAGUGCAUAAUAUGUUUACGCCAUUUUGUCCCAAAUGAAAUACAAUAACAAUAAUGCAUAAACAAGCUUCAAGGCUAUGCUAUGACUCUUUCAGUAUAUAAUAUACUGCGGUAACCCUAAAUAGAUAAAGAUGUUCAGACUUUAAGAUUCCAUCUUGUCCUAAGUCAGGGAAUUCUCCAUAAUAUGUGCACCCUUACGUUUUAGUUAUGACUUUGUAUUUUUGCCAAGUUAAGGGAGGUCCUAAAAUGAAUAAAGUAAAAGAAGUAUUACUUUUUCAUAUAUGAACUACGGUGACCCUAAAAUAAAGACACCUAAGGUUUAAAUAUGUGUUACAUUUACAUGUUAACACAGAGAGGAGAGAUUUGGAGCCAGAAGUAAUGAUUUGGACAGUAAGGUCACUUUAAUAAUACUUUUCAUAUAGCAGAUAUGUGAUAUGAUUUUAUAUAUCAGAGCAUAAUCACUUGACAUGACUGCAUUUUUUUUUCUUAAAAAAAAUAUACAUUAUUAUUUCUUUUUUCUUUUUUAAAUGUUAGUCUGUUUAGAACAAGCAUGUCAAACUCUCGGGCCGUGGGCCGAGGACCUGGCGAGCCGCGAGUGCAUGCUCAGUGUUAUAGCAGAGUAGGCACCUGCUUUCCCCACAUUGCAGGUACCUACUCUGCUAUCACUUACCUGGCCAGGGAGAAGGGCCUGCGAGGGAGCUCAGUGUUCCUGCUCCUCACUGCUCCCUCGCGCCGUCUAUAGUGAAACCGGGCGCAGGAAUUUGACAUCACUAAACCGCGCGAGAGAGCAGUGAGGAGCAGGUAGAAGUACCCCAGGGAGAUGCCGCACAUCGGCUCCAAAUGAUAGGGAGCAAUAAAGUAAAGUGUGAGUGUCUGUCAGUGUGUGAGUGUCUGUCAGUGAGUGUGUGUGAGUGUCUGUCAGUGAGUGUGUGUCUGUCUGUGAGUAUGUGUGUCUGUCUGUCAGUAUGUGUGUGUGUCUGUCUGUCUGUAUGUGUGUGUUGUGUAUGUCUGUGUGCCUGUCUGUGUGUGUCAGCAAGUGUGUUUGUGCCUGUCAGUGAAUGUGUGUGUGUGUCUGUCAGUGAGUAUGUGUGUAUCUGUGUCUGUCAGCAAGUAAGUGUGUGUCUGUCUGUCAGUGAGCGUGUGACUGUCUGUCAGUGAGUAUGUGUUUGUAUGUCUGUCUGUGAGUAUGUGUGUGUGUCUGUCAGUAUAUUUGUGUGUCUGUAUGUGUGUGUGUGUGUGUCUGUAUGUAUGUGUGUGUCUGUCUGUUAGUGAGUAUGUGUGUGUGUGUCUGUCUGUCAGUAUGUGUGUGUGUCUAUUUGUGAGUAAGUAUGUGUGUGUGUGUCUGUUAGUGUGAGUAUGUGUGUGUGUCUGUCAGUGAGUAUGUGUGUGUGUCUUUCAGUGAGUAUGUGUGUGUCAGCGGGAGGAUCAGAUUUGGUGGUAGAGGGGGUGCUGUGGUUUAGUAGAGUGGGGGCUGGGAUUUAUUAGAGAGGGGUGCUGUGGUUUAGUAGAGGGGGAUGCUGGUUUUUCUUUUUUUAUACUCUACUUUUUAAAAUAAAACCUACGUUUCUAUGAAAAUGUAAGUUUUUUGUUUGUUUUUUGCAGCCCACAUAAACCUUAAACCUUGUUUAUGUGGCCCGUGCCAGACUUUGAGUUUGACAUGCUUGGUAUAUAACUGCGGCAGCACAUAGCUUUUAAAGAAGCAAUGGUUUACCCAUCACUGAGGGUGUUUUUAUUUAUUUUUUUAUAAAUCAGUCCCUGGCUCUGAGACAGCAGGCAUGUAGAUGCUCCUAAUGCCUAGUCUAUAUAUAUAUAUAUAUAUAUAUAUAUAUAUAUAUAUAUAUAUAUAUAUAUAUAUAUAUAUAUAUAUAUAUAUACAUAUAUAUAUAUAUAUAUAUAUUUAUAAACAACAUUGUUAUAUGUAUAUAUAAACAACAUUGAUAUUUAAUCUUAUUUUAUAUUAUUUUAUGAAAACCUGAUUUAUGAAAUUUACUGAGAUUACAUGUCUGAUCUGAAUACAAUUAGUGCAAUAUCAUUGUUCUAAUUUCCUUACUGCCACCACUGCAGGUACAGUGGGAUAGUACCACUGAUUUAAGUAAGCUUUCCCUUUUAAAAUCGGUGGACUUUAAUCCUUCUGCCAUUGCAAUAGACAGGGCCGUCUUUAACGCGGGGCAAACGGGGCAGCUGCCCCGGGCCCAGUUGCUCCUGAGGUGCCCCAGAGCAGCUGCCUCGUGGGUCCCGCGAUUUGAGCAGCUCCCCUUGGACCCGGCGGGGCAGCUGCACAGAGCCACACCAGCCGCACGCUAAAGAGGGCCCCCGGGUGGCCCAUACACUAAGGGCCACCCGGUGGGCAUGUGGCAGAAGGGGCCCGGUCGGGCGCUGUGACACUUAAACAGCGCGACCGGUCCCCUUCCUGUUCGGCAGCCGGCUGGGAGGAAGUGAGUGCCGCGCGUCACUUCCUCCCACGGGUGAUCACAACCGCGCGGGAGGAGGAAGGCAGGGAGGAGGGGAGUUCCAGAGGAGAACUCCCAUCUGCCUCAGCCUGCCACUGGACCAGGGAAACCACCCUCCAGAAAAAAGGUAGGAAACUGGAGGGUGGCUAAAUGUAUGUGUGUGUGUGUGCAUGUCAGUAUGUGUGUAUGUAUGUCUGUGAGAGUCAGUAUGUCUCUGUGUGUGUAUGUCAGUAUGUCUGUGUGUCACUAAGUCUGUGUGUGUAUGUCUCUAUGUGUGUGUAUGUGUGUAUGUCUGUGUGUGUGUCAGUAUGUCUGUGUGUGUCUGUAUAUGUCAGUAUGCCUGUGUGUGUGUUUGUCAGUAUGCCUGUGUGUGUGUCAGUAUAUCUGUGUGUGUCAGUAUGUCUCUGUGUGUCAGUAUGUCUGUGUGUGUAUGUCAGUAUGUCUGUGUGUCACUAAGUCUGUGUGUGUGUCUAUGUCUGUCUGUGUGUAUGUGUAUGUCUCUAUGUGUGUGUAUGUGUGUAUGUCUGUGUAUGUAUGUGUAUGUCUGUGUCAGUAUGUCUGUGUGUGUCUGUAUAUGUCAGUAUGCCUGUGUGUGUGUUUGUCAGUAUGCCUGUGUGUGUGUUUGUCAGUAUGUCUGUGUGUGUGUGUCAGUAUGUCUGUGUGUGUGUGUCAGUAUGUCUGCCUGUGUGUGUGUGUCAGUAUGUCUGUCUGUCUGUGUGUCAGUAUGUCUGCCUGUGUGUCUGUGUCAGAAUGCCUGUUUGUGUGUGUCAAUAGGUCUGUCAGUGUAUGCGUCUGUGUGUGUCAGUAUAUUUGUCAGUUUAUGUGUCUGUGUAUUCAUGAAUGUGUGUCUGUGUGUCUGUGUGUGUGUCAGUAUGUCUGAGUGUGUGUCAAUAUGUCUGCCAGUAUAUAUUUGUGUGUCAGUGUAUGUGUAUGUCAGUAUGUAUCUGAGAAUGUUUUAAUAUGUCUGUCUGUGUGCGUAUGUGUCAGUAUGUCUGUCAGUGUGAUUGCGGGUUGGGUGUAAUUAAGGGGUUGGUGGGGGAAGGAGCAGGGCCCAGGGGGCCCAAGAAAAUGCAUUGCCCAGGGUCCUAAUCAUAUUAUAGACGGCCCUGGCAAUAGACUAAAGUCUGUACCUGAGUAAGCAAAGUCAUUAUGUGCAGGAAUUGUGCACUUUAAAUAAUAGAAUACUUAUGCUAUUCUAGUGAGUUGGGCUGGUUGGUUAACACAUCAUUUAGUGUCUUUCGGUUACAUUUAAAGCUGUAAAUGUAUUUAACAUUUUAUGUAAAUAAACCAUUCAACAAUUUCAGUUUAAAAGUUAUCAGAGAUCCUGUAUUAUUACAAUUUUAUUUUGCCCUGAUUUAUCUUACAUAUAUAUUAUUUUGAAUUAUUUUAUAAAUAAUUAUUUUGCAGAGCAUUUAAAGAAGCAAAGGAUGUAUAACAACCUGUUGCCCUUCUGUUAUAUAUUUUUUCAUAUUAACAGAUUUUAACAGGCAGUAAUGCAAUAAUUAAAAAUCCUGUCUGUCUGUUGCUUCUGUGGCAUUAAUGUUUUCAUUAAGCCAUAAUGCAAUUUUCUUUGCAUUCUUGGAAUUAGACUUCAAAAUCUAUUAGUAAAAUAAUAGCAAGUCUUUCAUCGCUGUCAUCACUUUUCGCUUGACAACAUAUUGCAUUAGUUGUUUUUUUCUGCACAUGCAAACUUAUGCAGCUACAGAGAGAACAUGGCCCCCUGCCUACAACCCACUGUCUUGGAACUAAUGGACCAUGCUGUGUUGGUGUAUUAGGCAUAUUAGGGAGUUUACCAAAUAUGUAUAUUUGUUCUCUUAUGAUAUUAAUUAAGAUCCACAGUUUCAGCAUUGUAUGCUAAUUAUAAUGUACCUGGCACCUGAGCUCAAAGUGCCUUUUACAAGUUCACAUUAAAAUCAUCUCUUCAUGAUGAAGAUCUCUCUCUGAGUCUGGGUUACAAAAACCUAAUUAGAUUAUUGAUAUUUCAAGACUUCUGCCAUUACAAAGUAUUGUGUCUUCUCUUACGUAUAAGAGGUUACCUAGGUAUUUAUUAUUUUAUAGUUAAAGCUUCCAAGUAAAAGCCCCACGUUGGGCGCCAAUUAUAACCGUGGCUGGUUCCCUUAUUUACCACUAUAAUGUCAUAAAGCAUAGAACUUAGCAGGGCUACCCAUACAGACAUCUUAGCUAUGAUGUUAUAUAGUUAGUAAGAGAUCCUCUAGUUAACAUUUAUAAAUAAGUGCGAAUACAAUAUAAAACAAGGAUUGUGUUGGAAGCAAUAAAGUUUUGUCUUUUAAAUAUUUUAUUAAAUAAAAAUAUAAAUAUAGACAUAUAAAAUCCAUUACAAUAAUUUAUAGCAGAGUUUAUAGGAUUAAACUAAAUGCUUGCAAAUAUCAUUAAUAUAAUAACAUACCCUACUGAACAUGUCAUCAUGUCAGCCUCUCUGUCAUUAUAAGACGGAGCAUCUGUCUCCAAAUCUCUCCUCUCUGUGUUAACAUUUAAAAGGUACAAAUAUUUAUACCUUAGGUGUCUUCAUUUUAGGGUUACCAUAGUUCAUAUAUGAAAAAGUAACACUUCUUUUACUUUAUUCAUUUUAGGACUUCCCUUAACUUGGCAAAAAUACAAGGCCAUAACUAAAACGUACGGGUGCACACAUCAUGGAAAAUUCUCUGACUUAGGACAAGAUGGCAUCUUAAAGUCUGGACAUCUUUAUCUAUUUAGGGUUACCGCAGUAUAUUAUGUACUGAAACAGUUGUAGCAUAGCCUUGAAGCUUGUUUAUGCAUUAUUGUUAUUGUAUUUCGUCUGGGACAAAAUGGCGUAAACAUAUUAUGCACUGAAAGUAGGUAAAAGGUUAUUUCUUAAAGAAACAUAUAUGAAAAACAAUAUGUUCAUUUUCAUGGGCAGUUGGCUCUGCUGCCCGAAUGGCAACUCAAUGGGGGCAACUGAAAUUCCUACCUAAAAUAGACUAGGCAUUUGCAAAAUCUGCUGAAACAGGACAGAUUUCAAAUCUGUCUUGUUGAUUUUCUACACAGCCACCAAUGAGGGAGGAUGGGCUCUGCGAACUGAAACCUAUUUCAAAAAUAAGGUGACAGCUUUUUAUUAAAAUUUCUGACUCAUGCAUAUGUAAUGGCUGGAGUAUGUUAAUUUACUUUUUUCCCCAUUUUUUAGAUUACUGCCUUUCCCCAAGAAAAAUAUAAAUAGUGUUUCUAAACUAUUGCAAAUAUUUUGUCCCCCCAGAAAGACUGCUGGGCACUGAGCCAGUAAACAAGCAUCCACUUUUACUCACAUUCUACGCACAUUUCCACAUUGUUUAUUAUAAGCUAUGCCCCUUCUUAAAAUUUUGAUUUAUUUUGGUUUUCAUUUACAUGGAACCUUUCAUAUUUUAUGUCUUUGAAAUCUGAGGAGUUUGUUAAAAGUUCUUGAUUGAAGAAUUUCUCAAUAUUGCUUCUCGCAGAUGACUUCGAGUGUUACAUUUGCCCAGCCGGUCAGUGGUCCAAUAUAAGAAGCACCGUGUGCUCUGACCCGACCUACCUCUUCUUGCAGUGGACUGACACCUCGGUCAUAUUUAUUCUGCUGCUUACAUCUGUCCUCUUCUGCACUAUCAUUGGAACAUUUGUUAUCUUUGUGAAGAACAGACAAACUGCCCUUGUCCGGGCCUCUGGGGGCUACAUGAGUUUCUUGGCUCUCUCCUCUUUACUAGCAGUUACCGCCAGCAUAGUUCUUUUUAUUGGCCAGCCCACUAUGAAUAUAUGUAAGAUUCAACAGCCAUUGCAAGCUAUAGGUUUCACUUGCUGUCUUUCUACAUUCUCAAUCAAGGCCCUUCAAGUGAUAUUGGUAACAGAUUUUAAAUGUGUGGACGGCAAGUAUAUCCAAUGGCUUAAAACCAAAGGGACAUGGGCCUCAUUGCUCCUUAGCAUUCUGAUUCAGUGCUUAUUUUGUGUCUGGUACAUUAAGAGCAAUCAAUUUCUGUCUCCAGAUGAAAAAGUCACCUACCUUCGCAAAUAUCUCAAGUGUGAGAUUUCCAACGUUCCAAGCUUUGCUUUAAUGUUCGGAUACAAUGGAAUUCUUGUCCUCAUGUCAUUCAUGUUAAACUGUGUAGCCCAAGCACCUCCAGGUCAGUAUAAUCUGGCCAGAGAUAUUACGUUCUCAAUGUUGGGGUAUCUGCUCAUUUGGAUUGUCUUCGUCCCUGCCUACGCAAAACUUACAGAUGGGAACCAGCCUUUGUUGCAAAUGGUCGUCGCCUUGGUCAGCUCAUUUGCCAUUAUUUUUGGUUAUUUUUUUCCUAAAUGUUAUAUUCUGAUAAUGAAACCAGACAUGGCAUCCGAGGAAUAUUUCAAAAUAUACAAUAAUUAA